GAGUAUUUUUAUUCCUUGUUUGGUGGUUACAGCGGUCGGACGGGUAUCUUAAAGGGUUGUUGUGCAAGAUGGAGAUGAUGAUGGAGAGUUACUUUAAUCUGCAUUACUAUGGGUAUGGAAUGGGUGAGCUGGGGUUUGAUUCGGACGACGAAGAUAUGGAAGAAGAAGAGGAGAAGAUCGUGGAACCGGUGAAGGAAGAGGUCGAGAAUCGAGAGUUUCCGUUCGACGACGAUGUGUUUCAAUACAUCGCGAAAGCUCCGCGGGCUCGAGUUGGUUGGGACAACCUUCCAAUGGAGGUAAGAGGUAAUGUUUGGAUGACCCUCGGGCUCAUGAACUCUCUCUUUCAGGUACUGAUCCACGUCUUCACGUUCAUCCGACCGAGUGAUCGUAACUCGGCGGCCCUUACGUGUCGUCGUUGGUUUGAGGCCCUGCGUCAUCCGCAGUUCCUGAACGCGACUUGCUUUCAUUUCGAGCGGAUCGAGGUCUGCGACAGCAAGUCUCCGAUCCAGAUCUUCCUGGACAGCUUUCGGCACUUUACCAACAUCAAGCUGACGCGGGUUCAGUUCAGCGGCCAAACGGCGUUCUGGGACUUCUUCGGAGUGUACAUCCGCGAGAUAACGUUCGACAACUGCGCACUAACCAAGCCAAAACUCUGCAACAUCGUGGGCUGCCUGCCAAAUUUAGAACGUCUCAAUUUGAUCGACUGUGACGAGCUGUUCAAGAGCUGGCACCCGGUAGACUUUCAAGACAUGAUCCUCUGCAAGCGCCUUAUCCACCUCGGUCUACGCAAGUGUAGUGCCUUCAACGAGGAGCACCUCAACUACCUGAUCGCAAUGGCCCCACGCAUAUCGUCCCUCGAGAUCUCCAAGUGCCUCAAGGAGCUCGACCCAAACCAGCGCGUCCAAAUUCUGUCCCACAUUCUGCGCAUCCUAAAAAUCUACAAGCACCAGAUGAAGUCGGUCAACUUUAGCUACACCAUGUACGAUGACCUGUUUCUCAAACAAUUCGCCGAGAUUGAGAGCAUGUCCCUGAGCACCAUCAGCCUGUCCUUCUUCGCACGAGCCCCCAUCAAAGACCCCGGCAUCAUCGACGUUCUCCGGAAGCACACCAACUUGAUCCACCUAGAUCUAACUUCCUUCCUAAACCUCACCGACUUUGCCCUGAUCGAGAUAGCCGACUCCAUGCCCCUGUUGAAGACCCUCAAGCUCAACGGUUGCUGGCUCCUGACGGACUUUGGAAUUGGCGAAAUCCGAAGGCUCCGCAAGCUGACGAUCCUGGACCUGUCGGAUUGCGAUCGCAUCACCGACGAAGGUUUCAUGAAGGCGAUCAUCGACAAAGGCCGGACUAACAUGAGGGAGCUACACCUGAGUAUGCUGCCCGGGAUUUCCGAGGGUAUGAUACUGAAGAUCUGUCUGACACUGGUGAAUCUGACCGUGGUGGACUUUUGCGGGUCGAACUGUGUGAACGAUACCUCGAUUCAGUACAUGUUUUCCUACUUGAGGAUGCUGCGGGUCUUGCGGUUGAACGGGUGUGUUAAGAUCUCCGACGCGGGCCUGACCGGCAUCGACCUCGAGCGGCCCGCCAUCGAGAUCUGGAACGAGCAGCAAACCUUCUCGCUGGACAUGCUCCAGGGCCUCCAGGAACUGCAAAUUUCCGGCUGCUUCAAGGUCACGGACCUGGCCCUCACAACCUGCUUCAAGCUUGUCGAACUGCGCGAAAUCAACCUGUCGCACUGCGUUAAUAUCACCGACAAAGGCAUCGAAGCCAUGGUCCUGAACUGUCCCUCGCUGGAAGUGAUGGAUCUGAGCGAUUGCCACCUGCUCAACGAUCGUGCCAUCGAACUAAUCAGCAAACAUCUAAUUAGGUUAAAGGGUUUGAAGCUGUUGCGACUGCCGUUGCUCACUGCCGAAAGUAUCUACGCGAUUUUGACCAAUUGCAAGCUGCUGAAGAACAUUAAUCUGAGGGGGUGUCACAAACUGCCACGAGACACGACCACGCUGCUGGGGAAGCUAAAGUCGCUGCGAAAUUUGCCAAAGUAUUGAACGGAAUUCUGGGUGUUAACGAUUGUGCGUUGCGAGAGUUGU